UCUACUGUGUAGAAGAACCUGCUCUUCGGUCCUACCUGUUCCUUGGUCCAGCAGUGUCCUGCUUUCACUGGCCGUCUUCUCUCUCAGGCGCCAGCAUCUUUAGUGUCUGCAGUCUCUGGUAAUCUCCUGUACUAUGUCCGCAGUCUCCGGUCAUCUCCUGUACUAUGUCCGCAGUCUCCGAUCAUCUGUACUAUGUCCGCAGUCUCUGGUCAUCUCCCGUACUAUGUCCGCAGUCUCUGGUCAUCUCCCGUAGUAUGUCAGCAGUCUCUGGUCACCUCCCGUACUAUGUCUGCAGUCUCUGGUCAUCUCCUGUACUAUGUCUGCAGUCUCUGGUCACCUCCCGUACUAUGUCCGCAGUCUCUGGUCAUCUGUACUAUGUCUGCAGUCUCUGGUCAUCACCCGUACUAUGUCUGCAGUCUCUGGUCAUCUCCUGUACUAUGUCUGCAGUCUUUGGUCAUCUCCUGUACUAUGUCCGCAGUCUCUGGUCAUCUCCUGUACUGUGUCCGCAGUCUCUGGUCAUCUCCUGUACUGUGUCCGCAGUCUCUGGUCAUCUCCUGUAGUAUGUCCGCAGUCUCUGGUCAUCUCCUG